CUUAGUUGUGAGUGAUGACGAUGUGUGGAGGGACCAGUUCUACAAUGGAAAUGUUAAGAAAGAAAGAGGUGCAAUAGUCCUACGUCUUGCCAAAUCGUGGUUUCGUAUAGGAUCCUUAGAAAUCUUAGCUCAUUCUGGGGAGCUGGACUUACAAAGAAGAUUGCUAGACUUUAUCAUCCAGGAACAUUUUCCAUCAAUAGCUAUCAAUGAUUCAAAUAGAUAUCUGGAAUUUUUCUCUACAGUCGUAUCUGAGACUGCAAAUCUGAUUGCAUUGUGGAUGUCUGUGGGGUUUGCACAUGGUGUGUGCAAUACAGAUAACUUCAGUUUAUUAUCCAUAACAAUAGAUUAUGGUCCAUUUGGAUUUAUGGACUCCUAUGACCCAAAUUUUGUUCCAAAUACAUCUGAUGAUGAAGGAAGAUAUAAAAUAGGAAAUCAGGCAAAUGUUGGACUGUUUAACCUGAGCAAGCUGUUACAAGCUCUAAAACCUUUAUUGGAUCCCAGGCAAAAGCAGCUAGCUUCCCAGAUUUUGGAGGGGUAUGGUGAGCACUACUAUAUCCGUUUCACAGAACUCUUCAAAACAAAAUUGGGUCUUCUUGGAGAGAAUAAGGAUGAUAGCUAUUUGAUUGCUUUCCUCCUAAAA